GUCGUAAGUGAAUCUUAUACGGAAGGAUAUGUGAAACAGCGGUGUUGAGUACUUACAAUUCGAAGAUUUCAUUGACUGCUAAACGCCCCUACCCGUAAAUAGAAAUGACACUCUUUUUCUUACGUUACCGUAAAAAAUAAUAACAUUCAGAUGCGUGUAUUUACUUAUUUCGCGGAUACACACUGCUGUAAAGGAUUUGGAAGUCAGAAAUAAUCGCUGAAAAUUAGAUAUAGAAAUUGAAACAGUAAAAAUGUCAUCUAAAGAGUCGUUGCAAUAUACCAGUGUGGAGGACCUACUGCAGAAAGCCAAGAUCAAUUACAAAGAAAAGAAACCAGUUGAAGUUUACAAGAGGCUGUCUGCUAUGUACAAACUGGCAGAGACCGCAAAGAUAAAGAGAGACGAGGAGCAACAAUACAUCAUGCUGAAGAGGUGGUUGAAUUCCAUGGAGUGGUUGAAAACCACACGGGAAUAUAAAGAUGAUAAAAAGUUCAGUGUGAACGUUGAUCAGAUGAAUGAAGCGAAGAAGACACUUGUAGAUUUGAGCAGGAAGUUGGAUGUAAGGUACGAAUCACGAAUGAAGGAAAAGAUGUUGAAGAGAAGUAAUAGCACGGAGAAAAUGGAUAUUGAUAUCGACAUAGGAACAGAUUCUCAUAUGACCCCCAUUGACGGACCUAUUAAAUUACCGGAGACACCGACCAGAGAUCCACUGGUCAGCGAUAACGAGGAUGUAAUAAGUUGCGAUCAUUUGUAUUGCUUGUUGCACUCGGAAAACGACAGAUAUUUGAUCAUCGAUAUCAGGCCCAAACUAGAAUUCGAGGUCUCGAGAAUAUUAUGUACUAGAGUAAUUAACAUUCCGAAUAACAAAAUAAAAUGUGGUGUGCUGGCAUCUUCUUUAGAGAAGGUCUUUAGCAAAAAGAAAGAUUGGCUUGAUUUAUAUAAACACAGGGGCGCGCAAUACGUAGACAUCAUAGUUCUAAUUGAUCGGGACACGUCGAGUAAGACGUUGAUGCCCGAUAAUCCUAUGAACACAUUAAGAAAAGUUUUCUUAGAAUGGGAUCUCGGUACAAAGUACAAAAGGAUCGCGAUUCUGGAUGGUGGCUAUACUGAAUGGAUAGCUCGGUACCCUACGUUGACGACGAACCCGAAAAUCGAAGAGCCUACUGUGAAUAAUGUGCAAGAUGAAUUAUUAGAUAUCAUAGAUUAUCCUGAUUUCUCGGACGACGAGGAGAACAUCGUUAAAUCGAACGAAAAUGUACCGCACAACUCGAAGACCGCGAAUAAAAAUGAAACAACGUCGAGAGGCAGCCUGACGAACGCGAAAACUUGGUUGAACACUAGAAGGAGUAACUACAAUCAUUCCGCGGAAUCUAACUCUAUACAUAAUCCCGACGAAGGAGAAAAUGUUUCUAAGAACAAUACGAUUUUACGCGAGUACAACGACAACUCGUCGAGACUGCAACAGAAAAGAACGUCAAGCGUGAUGAAGAACGAAACGCCGACGAAGCCGACCGUGGACAGAAGCAGUAAACCGGUUACUUUACAACCGUCCAACUCCGAAUCGAAAAUCGUUCUGAAGUUGUUAAAGGACUUGCACGAAUUCGGAAAAGGGAAACAGAAACUGGACGAGGAAAUGUUAGAACGGGAACGGACAUUGUUCGUGCAACGCAGCGGCAAGUACAAGAAUCCGAUUGAGAAGGAGAACGUCCAAGAAGACGUAGAAGCAUUGUUACGAUUGAAAGAGAUGGAUCAAAAGUAUAAGAACAUUGAAAACGAGCUGGGGAAAUAUUACGCGAACGGUCGUAUAGGGUCGAUUAAAUUCAGUCCCGCGGAAGAGACUGAAAAAGGUAAUCUCGAAUGGAAUAUCUGCAAGUUGAAACGACGAAUGAAAGAUACGACUGCGGAUCGACAAAAAUUGCAACAAGAAGUUGUCGAAAAUGAUGACGACGACGACGAAGAAGAUUCGACGAAAGAAAAUGAACUGAAUGUUUACAAGGAGCCUUUGAAAAUGGAAAAUAAUAGUUCACCGAUGGGUGGUGGCCUGGAGCGUUCGUACUCCAGUCCAAAUUUGUCCCAGUUGAACGAUCACAAAGCACCGCAAGUGGACAGGAGCUCGAAACCGCAAGUCUCGCCGAUCAAUCAGAACGGGUCUUACACCGAAAACAAAGUUUCCCAUCACACUUGGGCAAAUCGCGAGGAAAGAAUGACGCCUGUUCACGGGAGCGUUCAUCCAGGCAUCACGGGGUUAAAGAACUUGGGUAACUCGUGUUACAUGAACAGUAUUAUACAAUGCUUGAGCAAUACCACGCAUUUAGCUAAGUAUUUUAUGGACAAUUUGUACGCGGACGACCUGAACACAAACAACGAUAAUAAUACGCAAGGUCAGGUCGUGGAAGAAGUGGCUCAAGUGAUUAAAGCGCUUUGGAGAGGCCAAUAUAAAAGUAUAUCUCCUCACGACCUCAAAAUCGCCGUGGGGCAGUACAAGUUGCAAUUCGAAAGUUACGAGCAACAGGACUCCCACGAGUUUCUCACUUUCCUCUUGGAUUGGAUGCAUAACGAUCUGAAAAAGAAUUGCAAAGUGCCUCCGGAAAUGACGGCUGCGGAAAAGGCUUGGAACAAGGCGAUGGGAGGUCAGAGGUCCAUAAUAUCGGAUCUAUUUUUCGGGCAAUUGAGGUCCACGAUCAUGUGCAGCUUCUGCAAGCAGAGCAGCACCACGUACGAGACCUUCAACAGCUUGACAACCUCUCUACCCGACUCGAAUCGGUGCACGUUGAACGAUUGCAUUCAGAAAUUCGUGAGCGGGCAGAAGGUGUUGGGCUGGAAAUGUCCAAAGUGUCAAAUGGCUCGCGAGGCCAUGAAGAAGUUCGAUUUCGUCAAACUACCGCCUAUCAUCGUGAUACACUUGAACCGUUUCGCUGAAAGCGGCGGAUGGCUCGAGAAAAGGAACACCGCCGUCGACUUUCCCUUGACGGACUUCAAUUUGAAACAAUAUUUGGUGACGGACGGGAAUAGCAUUACGAUCACCAACAUACGAAAUUACUCUUAUAGUUUAUACGCUAUGUCCAAUCAUUACGGAACGAUGGAAGGCGGUCAUUACACUGCUUUUUGCAAAAACGCUGCUCAAAAUAAGUGGUACAAAUACGAUGACCAAACGGUGACGGAAGUUACGGCGAGCCAAGUAAAAUCACAGAACACCAACGCGUAUCUACUAUUUUACACCUCGUUCUCGACCAGCAUCAUUUAGUAUUAACACAAACGGCCAGCUGGCUCUGACUCAUUACUUAAAAACAGUCACGGACGUUCCUGACGAUGUAGAUAUUUGAACAUUUUUUGUAUGUAUUAUAUAUGUAUUAAUUAUAGAACACGUAAACGUAAGACCAUGAAAGCGAUAAGGGCUUCAUUGGUGCUGGGACGUAUGUAAAUAUAAUGUUAAGUUAUAACGAUAUUAUAUAUCGAGCGGUAGAAUCAGAAGAGAAAAAAUAUUUAGCACUCGUUGCAUUGUUUAUGUUAAAUCAGGUUCACGAUUUUUCCACACUGUAGCUCUGUAUAUUGUGAUAUAAAUAAUUUACGUUUCUUUCUGCAUUUUUGACUGCGAAUGCAACACGCUCUACGUUUGAUAGGAUAAUUCUAUUAUCGGCAAUUUAUUUCUUUGUUAACGUCAUACGAGGGUACACUUGUAACAAUUAAAAAAUGUUGAACAAAUGAAGGCAAACUUGGUUGCAAACAUACAACGAUGCACUAUUAUGCAUACACCGAAAGAAAUUAAAUGAGAUGCGAAUACUUUCGGAGCACGCGUUAGCUGUGAAAUGUUUUUAUAUACGAUAAUGCAUGUAUGUACGUCAAUAUGCAUUGUGUUCAGAUUUACGGACGUCUGUAAACUCUUUUCGUUAAAAUUUGUGUAAUAGCUGUCGAACGCGAAUGUCUGCAAAAGAGUGCCAUCACCAGUUCGCUUAUUUUAUAUAUUUAAUAAAAACUUUCACACUCAAAAGUUA